AUGCCUUAUUUUAGACCAUUAGACGAUCCUGCGUUCAUGUCACUUUUAGAAAUGUCAAAAUGGAGAAAAAGAGGUAGAGAUAGAGAGGGGGGAGAGGAAGAAGAAGAGAAUGCUGGUCUGUCUUCGUUUCUGCUGGAAUGCGAAAUGAUUUGGUGGGGAAAUUCAACUGUUAAAUUGAGCUUAACUAGUAAAACCAUGGAUAAAAGCAGUUUCAAACGAGUCGUCGCUGAGCUUUGGAGGGUUGAAGGGCCAAGUCGAGGCAUCAUUAUUUCUGUUGAUUUGGAUGGCCAGAAAAGUGAAGAAGAUCUCAUUAAUGCCAGUGGUGGAACCUGUGGCGCGAGCGAUCAUGUUUUGUACAAGUUUUUCCCAAACAAUUGGCAUGACCUUUGUAUUUGCACGAAAAAAUUUGAAAAGUGUACUGAAAAAUAUGAAACUUUCAACCGCACACACUGGCAAAUGUAUACAAUGACAGGAAAUGCAAUGAAACGUGGUAGAAAGAACCUUAAUGCCUCAGUGGAAAAUCUCCCACCACAGUCAACAGAAGGUACAUUUCGUUCCUCAGAUAACAGCCCUCCAACAUUCAUGUUUUACUCUCAAUCAAUCCGCCCUCGAAACGGUCUAGUUCAACAUAUCUAUGAUGUGUUGGAUCAGGAACUUCAAAAGGUUCACUUUGGAUGGAGCAAUCGUGAUGGUGAUGAGUCAACGAAGUCAAAUCACACCCAUCAGUGUAAUCCGAAGGAUGAAAUAAGAUCAAGAUGGCAUAAUUAUCAUGUAAUAUUAACUGCUCAAAGAAUAUUUUUAUGUAAAUCAGAUUACAUUCUGGGAAUUAUAGUAGCUUACUUUUGUAAUAAUAUUUACUUAGCUGAAAAAAAAUGUUUCUAUUAA